CCUCUCCCAUCCAACUCUUCCUGGCGGCGGCUAUCGGGCGUAGCACAACGAGCGGGCAGCUGGCGGCGGGGAGCGGCGACCUCCUGUGUGGUGGUGGAGAGAGCAUGGGCAGCCGAGUCGGCUCUCUGUGCCAGCACAGCCGCCGCACGCCGGUGCGGAGAACCGCUGGGGCAGAUCUCGGCGGCGGCACCGAGAAGCCCAUCUCUGUACAACGGGCAGUGCGUCGGCCUCUUCUCCUCCAAGAUGCUGCUGCCGCCGGUAUGGACGGCCGCCACGCGCCACUCCGGCUCCUCGGCCGCGUCCUCCGAUGGCGAAGAAGAAGCAUGGCCUCGUGGGGGAUCACCGAGGAUUCCGGCAACAACCCGGCUCUGUACAACCGGCCGCGCGUCGGCCUCUUCUCCGCCAAGAGCCUGCCUCCAUCUGUAUGAACAACCGCCUCGGAUCCUCGACCGCCGCUCCGUGGUGCGACCCGUGGCCGCCUUUGCCAGGAAGUGCUCCCGUCUUCAAGAUCCUCCCGUGGACUACAACUGGUUCAGUUGGAACCUGUUCUUUGGGGUAUCAGGAUGGCAUAUGGCUAGCUCCGUCCUUAUUUUAUAUAACGAGCUGGUAAUUUUGUAACAUUUUAUUCUGAAGAAAUGCUGAUAUAUUGUUCAAUGCUUUACAAUUCUACAGUAUUAUUUAAUCCA